GUAGCGAUGGCGGCGUUGGCCCCAUACACGUACAUCCAAUGUCCCUGCUCCGAUGCCGCGACACUCGGACGGCCGUCGGACCCAAACUCGUCGACAGGGGCUGACGCCGAGGAGGACGACCGCACCUUCGACCCCCGUGCCCCGCGGUCGAACUACAGCCUCUACCCGCUCGAGUAUCUGAUGUACUGCGAAGACUGCCACCAGAUCCGGUGUCCCCGCUGUGUCUCCGAGGAGAUCGUCACCUACUACUGCCCAAAUUGCCUAUUCGAGGUUCCGAGCAGCAACCUCAAGAGCGAGGGGAACAGAUGCACCCGUAGCUGCUUUCAAUGUCCGAUAUGCAUUGGGCCGCUUGCUGUGACCAGCAUUGAGACCAAGCCAGACCCAAGCCUGCUUGCCGCCCCAGACAACACGGCCGCACCUCACUCCGGGCCCUAUGCCCUGACCUGCUCCUACUGCAACUGGAGCUCGACCGAAGUCGGCAUAAAAUUUGACAAGCCAAACGGUAUACAUGCCCAGCUUGCGAAGCUGCGAAAUGGCGGAUCUACGCGGUUGACAGCCAAGGACCGCAAGGAGCGGCGUAAGGACCCGGCCUACCGUUCCCAGGGUACAAAUACGGGCGAGGGCGGAUCGGGCGCGGAGGAGAAGUUGGAUCUGGAAACCCAAUUUGCAAAUCUGAAGGCUUUCUACCAGAGCCAGCUCGCAGACCCAAACUCGAUGGACACGGGGCUCGCCGCGCUAGGCGGCCUCGGUUUCUCCUCGCCCGCCUCGCUCUCCCGCCUCAUGAGCAUCUACACCGGCGGCAGCUUGCAGGAUAGGAAAACCAGGUCACGGGUGGGCGCCAUGCGAGAGGCGAUCAGACCGGACGAGGGCCUACAGAUUGCCAACCUGGACGAGUCCGCCGCCAUCGAAGCGCUCCGAUCCGAGGGCUACGACGGCACGGCCUCGACCGCCCAGCUUGCCGACCAGCCGCCCAACCUCGGCGAGGAGCACCUCCACGGCCGCAGGCGCUUCGUCUCGGAGCUGCGUCCCAUCCCGUACCUCCUACGCACGAAGCGCUCCAAGCGUUGCCCCGUCUGCCGGCACAUCAUCAGCAAGCCCGAGUCCAAGAUCCAGACCACGCGCUUCCGCAUCCGCCUCGUCGCAAGCAGCUACAUCCCCAGCAUCGCCAUCCGCCCCUUGUCCCUCUCCGCCACGGGCGGCUCCUCCGCCUCGGGCGCCGCCGUCCCGGGCGCCCCGCUCGAGCCGCUGAAGCCGGCGCACUUCCUGCUCACCUUCAAGAAUCCCAUCUUCGAGACCGUCAAAGUCACUCUCGGCGCGCCGGCGGAGACGCCGGGCCGCUUCGCCAGCAAAGUGACGGUGCUGUGCCCCGUCUUUGAGAUCGACGCUAACACGGACGUGUGGGAAGAGGCGCUCAAGGAAGGCAGCAGCGGCAGCGGCGGCGGCGGCGGCGGCGAGAGGGGAGAGCGACGGCGGCGAAACGGGGACGAAGGCGGCCUGGGAAGCGCCGGCCAGCCGGGCGGCAACCAGCUGGAGGUGGGCAAGAUCUGGGAGCGGGGGCGGAACUGGGUCAGCAUCGUUGUCGAGGUGGUGCCGGCCCAGCUGAAAGUCGAGCCGGGAGAUGCGCCCUUGCGCGAGGACGAGGACGUGCUGGAGGUGCCCUUGUUUGUGCGCGUCGAGUGGGAGGGCGAGGCCGGCGGAGACGAGGUCAUCCCGUCGGCUGCCGCCAAGGACAAGGGAGAGGCGAAGGAGAAGCGGGAGCUGGCGUAUUGGUGCGUGCUUGGGCUGGGAAGGAUACGGCGCUAG